AUGCCAAGACGCUUGUUAAUAAAUGACGACGAUUUGAAACGUUUGGCGACGACAAAUCAAGCAGGUAUAAACAAAUCUAAUAUGACUGCUAAUUGUGAAUCGUCGUCUGGGAUUUUGGAUUUGGAUAGAAUGGAAGGAUUUGGAGAAUCUGGGAUUGGAGAGUUGUCUCUUAGCAAAUCAACAAACUUCAAUCCAGGUGAAAUGACAGGCAGAUCAACUGGGACAGAGGAUAUAGCUGUGCCAUUAGGUCGUCACUCAUUGGCCUUAGAAAAUAUAACAAGUCAAAUGGACAAGCAAACCUCUGAGAUACAAGAUAUUAUGAGGCACUCUAUUGCCACUAAUUACUCUUUUCAUUCUAAGAGAGAUUUAACUGCAGAUGAGAUAUCAUUAGUGAUCCGAGAAGCACCUCUUCCGGUCCAGAACAAUACUCAGGCACAUUUUGCGGAGAGCAUGUCAAUGAACAAUUCAAACCUAUCAGUUGGAGCUUAUUUCAAGAAUAGGUGCCCAGACUUUGGCAGAAUGCUUUCGAAAACCGAGAGUCCAGAUAGAUCAUGCAUGCCUAGCAUCACAGAAGUGUCAGCUAAUUACUCAGGCACAGUAGAACCUUUACAAUCUGACACAUAUCCAGUUCAUAAAAUAGAUCAAACCUUAGAUUGUGUGCCAGUAAGACAACCACGUGAAAAUAUUGAGGAUAUUCAAGGAAAUCCAAACAACAUAAACCAAGUUUAUGCACCACACACUAGUAUUGUGAUUCCAAAGGCUGAGAUACAAAAUGAAGCUUCAAAUAGUAAAACGCCCAGUAAAACUGAGUUUUAUAUGAGUCAAGUUCCUGACAAGCCAAAGUAUGUCCAAAUGUCAAUGGACACUGUGUCACCACAGAAAAGUAGUAGUAUUCCUUUGAACAAUGACACAAAUUUAUUGAUAAAAAAUUUGCAAGCAUCUUUACGUAUAACUAGUGAAGAUACGGAAGGAUCUGUGGAAAACUCUUUAAGUAUUUCGAAAAUUGCUGAUUACCUUGGCAAACAGUCAAAUGUGAGUGUGACAGACAUGCUUCAAUACAACAAUAAAAAAAAGCAUUUAAGUAAAAAGCAGCCGCUCACUGAACUUCACAUGAACAUUCCAGAAUCAAAAAAUAAUAAUAAGGACAUACAAGUUAUGAAUUUAAAAGAUACUCGCAAAGCUGAAACAGCAAGUUCAUCCGGUACUGUAAAUACUGUAAUUUCCCUUGCCAAAUAUAAAACUAAUAAUGAGCAGGUGCCUACGGUUGUUGUAACAGAGCAUUCAAUUAAAGAUGACCAAUUAAAUAUUGAGGACACUAAGCGAACUACAAGAUCCAAAUCGCCAUCAAGUAAAAGCCAUUCUACAUUUUCUACAGUUCAAGAAAACUAUAUCAGCUUUAAGUCUGGAGAUAGCCCAUUACAUACCAGCAAAGGCGAGGCCAAUACAUCACAUGUACGGUCCCCAAAUGUAGUAUAUAAAGAAUUAGAUAAGUCUGUAGAUUGGCACGAAGUAAUGCAACAGAAACAUUCGAAACAAGACAGCUUAGCUAAAGAACAAUGGGUGGAAAUAUCAGCUCUCGCUGCAAAUGGAUAUGUUGGUGCUUGCUGUCCAGUGACGUUAACAGUCACAACACUCACAGACAGUUGGCUCACAGCUAAACUACAAUUUGUAGAUCUGCCAGAUGAGGGAUCUGACUUAACGAUAGAAUUGCCCCGCAUGCCUCUUUUGUUGUCACCAGGGAAGACUGAAAAGAUCACAUUGUAUAUAACAGCCAAUGUGGAGAUUAAGACUACAUUGAACUACGUUAUGUGCCUUAAAGACGCGUCUGUUGACGGUGAUAUAAAACAAAGAGGAAGUGUAGAAGUGGACAUCAAAAUGCCUGUAAUACAAGCGAUGUCUUGCGAUGGCGUCAAUAAAAUCAGUUUUCCCGCAAUACAAGAGGAGACUACACUAACUAAAUCAUUUGUUUUAAUAAGUAGUUGUCCUGCUGAUUUACAGCUGGUUCUAUCGAUAGUUGAAGGUGAAGGUGUGUUCAAUAUUAAAAAUAUUCAGGAGAUCAAAAAGAGUGAUGUCAAUAAGGUGUUGAUGGACCGGCAGGGGUCUACCGAGGAUGGUCAACCACCUGGCAAAGCAAAGAGCAAGACAAUAAAUAAACAGAUUUGUAGACUUACAGCUGGGAAUGCUAUAAGAGUUACAAUCAAAUUCAAUGCACCCAAAAUAUCUAUACAAAAAGGAGAGUCUUUAAUAACAUGCACUGGAAUACUGAAUGUGAACCUAUUCAGUGUCAACAAUAUAUUAAGAAAAGUUGAUCUCAUUGGUGUUGUGGGAAUCGCUAAUCUUGUUAUAAAGACAACAGCAAAUAAAUUACAAUUAUCUCAUGACCCUAUCAACAUAGAUUUCUGUAACAAAGGAUCUAUACCAGGGACGUGGAUUGUAAAGUUCAAAACGAAUUCGCCGAGCGAUAACUUUCCGUUUAAAAUCUCGCCUUCUAAGUUAGAGAUACGGCCUGGCACUAAUCAGACGGUUAGCAUGUCGUAUACCGGGCCCCCGGACACCCUUUGCGAUGCAACAUUAAUAUUCGAAGACAUCGCCACUGGUCAUAAAACUCCUAUCGAGAUCAGUGGGGGCUCAGACAAACCAAAAAUAUUCCCAAUAAAAACUAACUACAACAAUAUGUCAUGGGUGCGCCCCGGCCGAAAAGAACUGAGUUUGAAGAAUGCCACAAAUAAAAAGAUUUACAUAAGGUGUCAGAUAGUCGGCGACGGGUUUGCCAUAGACCUACCUCGAGAAUCCAGGGGCAUAUAUUGUGUGACUUUCGGCCCGUGUGAAUGUCGACCUUUGCCUAUAAUCUUCGCACCUAUCUCCAAUACACCACACAAAGCUACACUACACUUGGUGCAUGAUAAAAACAGUGAUUAUGCUAGGAAGAUUUGUUUAUAUGGUUGUUCGAGCGGGGAGUCGAUGCGCUGGUCGGGUCUUGUUACCUACGGCGACACAGCUUUGGUGAGGGCAGUUAGCCGAAUGCCCAUAAAUCUGGAACUAUACAACAAGUCCCACGCGGCUGCCUUCGUUUCUGCUCGCGUUCACUUCAAUUUGCAAUACAUGUGCCUGUCGGGCGGCGCGGAGCUGGUGGGCGGCGCCAGCGUGGUGCGCGCGCGCUCGCGCCACGUGGUGUCGCUGCGCGUGUCGUGGGCCGCGCUCGAGCGCAGGGCCCGCGCCGCGCCCGCCGCCUCCGCGCUCGCCACGCUCAGCGUGCUCACCGGCGCAGAGUUCACGCGCCGCAGGAUACUCAAAAUACUUCGCGACGAAUCUAACGGACAGAUGGAUACCGCGCUACUCCCGGAUCAUUUGAAAAUGUUAGUCGACAAGUUUGAAGGAGAAGAUAAUUCUAUGGACGAGUUGAUAGCAGAUUUCAAAGAAACUAAGGCGUCGCUAAAUGAACUGAUCGGCGGUCUUCAGGAGCUGACUGCGCAAAUUGAUCUACCUCAAGAUUUCGCCGAUGAAAAUACUAUUCUUAUAGACGACACUGUUCUAGAACACCAUACUCUUUGUGACUAA